AUGAUUUCCACCUUACCUUAUGACUCCUGGUCCAAAGAAGAGUUGAUCGCCAAACUCCGCCUUCUCGAGAGCGAUGCCACUGGACGCCCAGCCUCACCUAGGCCACUGCCGCCUCCCUCUCGUAAGCUACGCAAGCCAUUAGAUUUUGCAGCGCAUCCGCGCCGGAAGAUCGCGCUCAAAUUCUCGUAUGCGGGCUGGGCGUACAACGGCCUGUCCAUCCAGUCUGACGCGACACCCCUGCCGACGGUCGAGGGCGUUCUGUUCGACGCGCUCGCGAAGGCGCGUCUCGUGGAUCCUGCCGUGGGGAUGGAAGGAUGUGGGUGGGAACGGUGCGGGCGGACGGAUCGGGGCGUCAGUGCGGCGGGGCAGGUCGUGUCGCUUUGGGUGCGCAGUGCCUUGGGCAGGGAUGCAUUGAAUUCUGCGGACUCAGCUGCACGAGACGGUGAGACUCUCAAGUCAGUGAACCAAUCUCCACCAGAAGACUUUUCCGAUGGACUGCUUGACGCGGCUCCUGCGCGCAAGACAAUAGACGCACCAGAGAGGGAGCACAGCUACGCGUUGAUGCUGAACCGGGUCCUCCCCCAUACUAUCCGCAUCCUAGCUUGGUCGCCCGUAGCGGACUCCUUCUCAUCGCGUUACUCCUGCAUCUCGCGCCACUACAAGUACUUCUUCCCACCCGAGCAUCUCGACGUGACACGCAUGGCGGAGGCGGCAGCCAUGCUGGUUGGAUUGCACGACUUUCGCAAUUUCUGCAAAAUCGACGGCUCAAAGCAAAUCACUCUGUACAAGAGGCGCGUGCUCAGUGCGUCUAUAAAUCAACAUGACCAUGACCGCAUGCUCGUAUUCGAUCUCAUCGGGACGGCAUUUCUCUAUCAUCAAGUGCGACACAUCAUGGCGGUGCUCUUCCUGGUGGGAUCAGGGCUUGAACAGCCUAAUGUUGUCAAAGCCAUGCUCAACGUCGAUGGAGAGGGAGAUGCCCGAGUGGAGACGAAACCGGAAUACCAAAUGGCGGACAGUCUGCCUUUGGUUUUGUACGAAUGCCACUAUGCUCCGAACGACGUCUCCUGGCAUACAGACCGAGAGCCCGAGCAGACAGAAGGCUUAUGGCACAGGCUGCACUCGAUACAGGGCAGAUCACAGAUGUACGCGACCUUGAAUUCGGCUUUCCACGCAGCUGCAUGCGCCCACCAUCCUGCUCCACGACCUGUUCUACCAACACACUGGCACGGCUUCACGCCCGAUAAUAAGACGGUCAUGAACAUCCCCCUCGGCGGCUCUGAAUUCAGGCGCACGGCAAAGUACAUUCCCUUGCUGAAACGCCCUCGCGGCGAGCACUUUGAUGUCGUCAACGAACGGUGGAGAUCGUCCAGGGUUCACAAAGAUUCCGAACAACAGUAA